AUCAGAUGAUCUGAAGAAUUGGUUUCAUUUUCUUGAUUAGUUAAUUGUGUUAAUUUUUCUUAUUGUUACAUUUUUACUUUUUUGUUUACUUUUCUUUAUUUAGUGAGUUUAGGUCUUAAUCCAUGGCCUGUCUAAAUAAACUGAGUGUUUCUGGUAUCCGAAGCUUUGAUCCAGAAGAUCGUCAAGUGAUCAAAUUUUUUCCAUUAACGUUAAUUCUUGGAUCAAAUGGAGCGGGUAAGACGACGCUUAUUGAGUGUCUUCGAUAUUCGGCCACAAAUGAAUUUCCUCCGUUCACUAAUAAAGGAAAAACUUGGAUCCAUGACCUUCACUUCUCUAAGGGUCAUACUAAUCGCGGACAAGUAAAACUUGCUUUCACUGAUAUAAAUGGAGUCGAAUGUGUUAUUACUCGGUCAAUCGAGCUCACUGCUAAACGAGAUAGAUCUGGUAAAGUUGUCCCUCAAAUGAGAACCCUAGAUGCUAUCAUCAAACGAGGUGAUGAUACAAUAGUCAGCACCAAAUGUGUUCAAAUCGAUUCCGUCAUGUUGGAUCUCAUAGGUGUUUCCAAGUCCGUUUUAUCUGAUGUAAUCUUUUGCCAUCAAGAAGACUCUAAUUGGCCUCUAAGUGAAUCUAAAGUCUUAAAGGAAAAAUUUGACCAGCUAUUUGGAUCAGCUGGUUAUGUUAAAGCCUUGAAGAAGAUUAAAGAUGAAAGAACUGAAUAUGCUAAACGUUUAGCUCAAUAUGAAGGUGAAGUUAAACUGUUUCAAGAACAUAAACUGCAAGCUGAAAAGUAUAACAAUAGUCUGGCCAAAUGUCAAGCAACUUUAGCCUCAUACAAAGAUAAAAUGAAUACCCUGAAUUCGGAGAUAAUUCCAAUUAAAAAAGAGCUUGAAUCUUUGGCAGCCAAGGAAAAGGUUAUCGUUGAUGUUGAAAGAGUAAUCUCUGGAUUAGAAGGAAAGUUAAAUGAACAGAAAAAAAGUAUCGAAUACCUGAGAGACAAUAUAAGAGAAACCUUUAAUGGAACCAAAGAAGAAUUGAAAAUGAAGAUGGCCAAUUUCGCUGAUGACACCAAGAUGAAAGAUUCUCAACUCAAAAAAACUGAAAGCGAAUUGGAUAAAGCUGAAGAUGAUUUAUGUCAACUUAAUGCUCAACUAAAUCGAAUCUCAACUUCCAAAGGUAAACUUGAAGGAAAACAAGUAAAGUUUUCUCAGGAUAAGAAAAAGUUGAAAACUAUUCUACAAAAGUUACUCGAUGAAGGAUUAAGUGAAUUUGAUUGCUUACAAUCAAUUGAAAUUGAAGAAAAUACUGAAACUGCUCUGGCGGAAAUUCAAAACUCGGUGGACUCUCAGAAAGAUAAAUUGACAAGCGAGCUUAAAUCUACUCUUUGUCAUUACGAAAAAUCUCUCAAAGAGGUUGAUCUUCAAUUGGAUAGAUUAAAAUCAAGUAAAAGUAAACUUGAACAGUCAAUUGCGAUGAACAAUAAAUCAAUUAUGGAAAAAACCGAAGACGCAAAUCGUAUUCAAUUGCAACUUAAAGAGAUUAGUCAUUCAUCUGGUCAACUCAAGGAAAUUUCAUCCCAAUUGGAAGAGAAAAAGGAACAACGUAAAAAACUCGAGUCCGAGUUUGAUAUUGACCAGUUGCAAUUAUCUAUCCAGGAAAUGUACGAGGAUCAGAAAACUCUCAAAGAUAAAAUCGAUAAUCUCAACAAGGAAAAAGAUUCUCACAUAGCUCAAAAUGAGGCAAGAGCUGUUCUUCAAGUUCACAUAAAGAAUAAGGAAAAAGAACAAGACAAUUUGACAUCAAUUUAUUCUGAAUAUGUCAAUUUACUACAAGAUCUUGGUAUUGAUGAAAAUGAUGCUGAUAAAUCUUUCGUCGAUGAACUUAAGAACAAAAUUCGAGCCUCAGAGCGAAAGUUAAAAACAAAGGAAACUGCUGGAGAAUCGUUGAAUGCUGACCGUCGAAAAUUGGAGACACAAUUGGAAAUGGUAAAGAUGAAAUAUGAAAACUGCAAGAAGGAAAUUAAAGAAAAAGAAACAAAAAUGAGAUCAAUUUGUGGCUCAACUCCAUUCGAUCAGAUGUUGGACUCAGUCGAUUCUGAGCUUAAAAGUCUUCGAAGUAAAAGUGCAACCUCAAGUGGAGCGGAGUCCCUUUUAUCCGAGUACUCAGUCAUCAUCGAAAAUGAAGCCAAAUGUCCAGUUUGUGAGACUGAUCUCAAGUCAAAUAGAACCAAAGUCAAAGAUAGUCUAGUGAAAAAGAUUCGUCAACUACCCUUAGAGGCCAAGAAAGUGAACGAAGAAUUGAGUAAAAAGGAGAAACUCCAUGAAAAGUUACUUGGAUUGAAAAGUGAAUACGAAUCGAUAAAAAACAAUAAGGAGCUGAUGCCAAAGAUCAAACAAGAAGUUUUUGAUGUUCAAAAAAAAUUGGAUGAAAUAAUUUCUAAAAUUCAAACUCAUGAUCGUGAACUUAAAAAGGAUAAGUUUGAGCUGGACAGACUUCGAUCAGCAGAACCACAGGCGAUAAGUUAUGACAAUAGUCUUCGCUCAUUACAAGAUAUCGAGAAUCGUAUUGAACAAUGUAAAAGAGAACUUGGAACCGUUGAUAGUACAUUGAGGUCACUUGACGAUGUUCGUGGAGAAUUGGAUGAUUUCAUAAAUGAUGCCCAGCAAUUAGAAGAUGAGCUCAAAAAAUACCAAGAGGAAAAAGAUGAAGCAACAAAGCUCAUUAGUCAAGUAAAGGAGCAAAUUUUUGCUCUUGAAGAUCAAAAAUUGAAACUUGAAAGAGGCCAAUCAAAACAAGUUGCAUUGACAGAGAAAUGUUCAGAGUUGCGUCAACAAGUUAACUCAUUGGAAAAUGAGUUGAUCACUUUUGAAGAUGAAAUCAAAUCAAUUGAACCAAGAUUGGAGCAGUUAAUCGAGAGAAGAAAGUCAGUGGUCGACGAAAAGGAAUCGAAGCGUAAACAAUCUGAAACAAUUAUCUCGAAAUUAAAUCGUUACCUCGACGAUUUCGCUGCCAUUGGGGAAGACAUUGCUUCUUAUCUUAUGGAUGAUAUUGAUGCUCAGCUAAAAGAUUUACAAGAAAAAUUCAAUCAAAUCAAAAGAGACAUAAAUCAAAUUAACGAUGAUAAAAGUAAUCUCAGCAAAAUUUGUAAUUCGCUUCGCAAGGAAAUCAAUGAAGUUGAAUUGGGUGAACGAAAUUUGAAAGACAAUCUUGAACUUCUUGAGCGAAUUGAAAAAGUAACCGAAUAUGAGAAAAAAUUGUCAAAGGAGAUUGAGAAACGAGGUGCAGCAGAUUCGGUUGCCCUUCAAAAGAAAAAACAACAAUUAGAGAAACAAUUCCAAGAAUAUCAACAAUUACAACAGAUUAAAGGAAAACAAGAACCGAUAAUCGCUCAAAUUCAAGAUUUGGAACGAGAUUUGAGUUCUGAAAAAUAUGUAAAAGCAAAGACCAACCUUCAAUCUAAAUUGAUUGAAUCAGUUGAGAUGGAAACGAUUUGUGAAGAUCUUAAUAAAUUGUAUCGAGCUCUCGACCAUUCAGUUAUGGUUUUCCACAAGAAGAAGAUGGCUGAAAUUAACCAGUAUCUUAGCAGAUUAUGGAGAGACGCUUAUCGUGGAAAUGAUAUCGAUUUCAUCAAGAUUGAAUCGGACACGGAAACCGAAAGAUCAGCUUCAGAUAAACGUCGAUCAUUUAAUUAUCGAGUUGUUAUGGUUCGUGAACAAGUGGAAAUGGACAUGAGAGGUCGUUGCUCAGCUGGACAAAAGGUUAUCGCCUCAUUGAUAAUUCGUUUAGCUUUAGCCGAGAUAUUUUCAAUUAAUUGUGGUAUUUUGGCCUUGGACGAGCCAACAACCAAUCUGGAUAAGGAUAAUAUCCAAGCAUUUGCCGAUACCGUUACAAAUAUUGUUAAAUUACAUCGUCAUCAUCGUUUCCAAUUAGUGAUAAUUACCCAUGACGAUCAAUUCCUUAGAUGUCUCAGAGAUUCAGGGUGUGAACAAUAUUACCAAGUUUACAAAAAUGAUAAAGGAAACUCCAGAAUCAUGCAAAUGUCCAUCAGAGAUAUAGACUAAUUUACCAUUUCUAAUCAAAAAUUACUGACCAAAAAUUAUUUUUCGUUCAAUGCUCAUUCAUAAAUAACCAAUUCUCAAAAUGCUUACAAAUCUCUCCAUCAGUAAUUAAGCUUAAUUCCAAACGAUUUAAAAUUAUUCUUUUAAACUAAUUGUUAAAAAGUAAUACAAUGAGUUGUUUCAACAGUUUUAUGAAACUUUAUUAUUAAUAAAAUCAUUUUUCGUUUU